AUGCAAAAAACAACAACGACCACGGAGGAUGCGCAGACAGUCACACUGAGGUCGAUGCUGGGAGAUCUAGAGGAAGAAUAUUCCCCUUUGACUUCAAGUGCAAUUCAUGAAAGAAUUGAGAGCUACAGAGCAUCUAAAGGACUGAAUGGGAAAAUGAACGAGACCGAGUGGGAGGCUGUACGAGACGGCCUAGCUUCGUCAUUCACCUACAAUCAAUUAUCGGACUACAUUCUAGAGUAUGGCCAGUUCGAGUCCCAGGGUGAAGGAAAUGCGCCAAGAUGGAGGCCUGGUACAUCCGCGUUUUUGCACGCCAACCCAGAUCUACACACGGGAGUGACAAAACGGGUGGCCACAACGCAAGACUUGAAGGGCAAGCCUUUGCUGGCAGAGCGGAUCCUUCGCGAUUGCUGGCAGAUGUCUAUUACUGACGAGAUUGGCCAGUUGGAUAUCCGUCUAUCGCCUGCCUUCAUUGCCCUACUCCUCAAUGCUGAGCACUUUUCGUUCGACGAAGUGGCCACUAUGCACCAAUCCAGCAUUGACAUCACCAGCUCCCUCGGCUUGGUGAGAAUCACUGGGCGUCAGACUGCCUGUGAUUCAAUGGGGGACAUUAUCCUUGACGCCAUCGCCAGAAUCCGAGAGGAAGCGACUGGUAUUGACACAUCCCGUCCAGGACUGAAUCAAAUGUACACACCACACUUGUUGGAAUGGAUCAGCAAGACUUAUGGUGUUACUCUGGAAAAUGAUGCCUCGGGGGUUCCGGAGAGAAUCCUGUACCUUGCAGAAAACAAACCAGGCGCAGACAACGCGCGGAGGGUACUCAACCUCGCUCUUCAGGAGGUGACUCCCGCCUCAGUACCUUUCUCAACCUACUUCCCUGCUUCGGAGCCCGCAAACGUAUACAACUACAACCCGGAAGGCAGCGUUUCAUGGCUGGAUCAGCAAAAACAAUGGUUCCGAUGGGCCAUGCCAUCUACACAGUCUACAGAGACUGAAAGCAAUUCCACUCCUUUCUUCGACGGCCACCAAACUCGACUGUCAGACCAUUUACUGAACCUUCUCCGCAAACCUCCUGUCCAGACAUCAAGCCCGGAUAACGGCUUAACUGUCCACGAGUCUGUGUCUGCUGCAGUAGGUCACUGUCUCUUCACACGCAAACCCUCUCUCGAAAACACCACCACCAGCGCCUCGCAACUGGGCAAACUAUCUCUUCCAAGAACUUUCUCCACAGAUAUCCCUCGGGUCAUAAACUUCCUGUCCUCACUUCGACCCAUCACCCCGGCCGCUGGAAUCCAAUUCUACAACAUCCGAUUGACUCCUUCUUCUGCAUUCGCCGGUGUUGCCCCAACUCUCGAUGUCAAAAUUGCAUCCAGCCUAGGAAAAACCCUCGGAGACCCGGAAGAUACAUUCGACGUGCAAAGCAUCAAGGUCAUCCGUGGUUCAAACGCCGUUGAUUAUCUCUUACCAGAGAACAGCCUCGAUCUACGCUUCACCCGCACAGUCUACCACGAACUCUCAGGCGAUGCACUUGCAGACUCUGUCGAGUACCAACUUCUCACCAAGAGCAUCAAAUCAUCCCUGCGGAACGUGGUCGGCUCCAAAGUAGAAACCAGGGGCUCAACAACCUUGUCGGCAUUUUGUCAGAUCUCUCUUCCAAACACCAUCGUCCAGUCUCAGUCACCAUUUGGCAACGGCCCCGCGCUCACGGCGGAGUACAUCACGCCUUCUAUUCAGAAUAUCCGCGGCGCCGCGAUUUCACUAUACGAAUUUGAGAAUCGAGAGUUGAGCUACGGUUACUACGAGAGUGGACCUUUCCUUCCUGCACGUACUAUCGAUGUUUCCCUGGAUAUGCAGAUUCCAAGCACGUCCACCGAUGUGGAUGGCGAGCACUCGCAAACAGAGCUGGAUACUGAAUUCCAUUCAUUCUACAACGCGGCUUGUCGGAUGGCAUUCAACAUUCAUGAUUUGAAGUUGUUGCGUUCUGAGGAGGUCAUGUUCCAGCCUGAGACUAUGUAUUAA